AUGGAUGAGCAACGUGAAAAUCACGGCGGAUUCCCACUGCAAAAACUACCAUGGCUGGUAACUGCUCAAAUUAUCAGGUCGAUGGAGACAUGGGAGCAAAUCCGUCUAUGCCUAACUUCCAAUAAAAUGGAAUUAAUUACAAGAAGUGUACGACUCACCCCAGUGCACUACGAGUGCCAUUUUACUGAAACUGGACAGCUCUUUGUAAUUGACUUCAGCCCAUUAUUUGUCACUUAUGGCUACAUUAAUUACCCACCGGAAAAACCACAGGACACUCAUAUAAUGAAAGAAGAAUUGUCAAAGUGGAUGGGACCAACAGAUGAAAGUGAUUUCGAGAAAAUAAUGAGAGUCUUCGAGAGAGUUAUUUCCAUUAUUCCUCCGAAUUUCAUUUCUGUCGGUCUAUACCCUAAUCACAUGACCAUCACUACACUUCAGAACGUGUUCUCUCACCCUUCAAUCAGAAAUUGCGACAAAAUAUUUAUAGAUGCCCAAGGGACAACAACAAAUUCAGAGUUUUUGGAUUAUGUACUGAACACAGCGUCUCGAUUGAAACAUUUGAAACUGGGGAAUACAAAUCCUCCAUACGGUUAUCAUCAUGAAAAAAUGUUUCAAAUCGGAAAAUUUGAAUGGAUGUCCUCCGAAUGGAUAAGCAUUGAGUCACUAUUCACAAUAAAAAAUUACUACACAGGGACGAUUGAAAAGAAUCAGUUCAGCUAUGCAGACUUGAACAGACUUUUGAAGUAUUGGAUCCACAGUGAAAUCGAUAUGUGGAAAAAUUUGUUCAUUCAAAUGGAGGAAGAGAUACCUGAAGAUGUGUUGUUCGAUGGAAUCGUACGGUUGAAAUCUAACUAUUUUACAACAAUCUUGUAUUUCAUAAAAUCCGACUUGAAACAGCGGAAGAGAGGCUUGCCAAUACUUACUAUUUGUUGCGUAGAGAACAAGUUGAGAUUGUCUACAUGGUCACCGGAUGAAAGUUGGCGGAGUCCGGAUGGUUGGAUCGAUUCGUUUCAGAAAGAAUAUGAGGCGUUGAGAACCGUGGAAAGACGGAGAGAAUUGGAAAGGAGGGUAGUAACUCGCUAUGGUAAUGUCAAACUCAAAAUAAGAGAGUUGAAUGAGCAAUUGGAGCAGUUGCAGGAGAAAUUCAACUUUACAAUUGCAGAAUAA